CUCGUACGUCUUUACAAAAACACCAGAUACAAGGGGCUAAAUAGUAAGUGAAGUAUUGCAAAGCACGUAUGGAACGGAUAUGAACUCUGUGCCGGAGAUUGGGGAAAACCAAUAUUUUGCCGAGUUUAUGAGCUUCAGUCCUUGCUUGGAAGUUGAUUUCGAACAUUGCAUUGGCACGAUGACAUCAGUUUUGACACCAUUUUUGCCACCAAACUGGAGUAACAGACUGUCACACAUUCCUAAAUAUUUUGUGAGGCUUGGUAAUAUGAAUACACCAAUCCAUGAAUGGAAACUUCCAAAUAUACCCAGUGGUUUUAAAGUUUACAUCAAGAGAGAUGAUAUGACUGGGUCAACAUUGUCAGGUAAUAAGGUCAGAAAACUAGAGUUUUUAUUUGCCGAUGCCAUUGACAAAGGCUGUAAGAAUGUAAUCACUUGUGGCAGUAUUCAGUCUAAUUUUGCCAGGUCUGCAGCAAUAGCUGCAGCACAGCUUGGGUUGAAGUGUCAUCUUCUGUUACGAAGUCCAGAAGUGCCUUAUACCAUGGAAGCAAAAGAAACUAAGACUGGUAAACUUUAUUACAAAGAUUGCAGUGCCAACCUAACGUUUGAAGGAAAUGUUUUAUUGGACAAAAUGAGUGGCGCAAGUAUCUAUUUAAUAUCAAACAUGUUAACGUCGAGCAACUAUGCGACAGACUUAAAACCAAGAAUGGAAAAACUAGCAGCACAUAUCAAGAAGACAACAGGAGAAGAUUCUUAUUUGGUACCCAUUGGUGGAUCUAAUGUUGUUGGAUUAUAUGGUUAUAUAACAGCAUUCCAAGAAAUGAUUUCUCAGGGAGUUUUAGAAGACUUUGAUGAUAUUGUGUUCGCCUGUGGAAGUGGUGGAACAGCGGCUGGACUUUCUGUAGCUAACUAUCUAAACCAAUCAAAACUCAGAAUCCAUGCAAUAACUGUUAGUGACAACAAGCAAUCAUUUAUUGAUCACAUCAACGACGCAUUAAAAGAAGUCGGACUUGGUGAUUCAGUUUGUGCUGAUGACAUAAUAGAUAUUGUUGAUGGUUACAAAGGAUGUGGGUAUGGCUUAUCUACUCCUGAAGAACAAGAAUUUAUACAGUCAGUGAGUAGAAGUACUGGAAUUAUAUUAGAUCCUUGUUAUACUGGUAAAGCAGCAAACGGGCUAGUGCAAGAACUAACAUCAAAUCCAGAUAGGUUCCAAGGAAACAGAAUUUUAUUUAUACAUACAGGUGGAAUUUUUGGUUUAUUUGAUGGAAAGAUGGAUUCCUACUUAAAAGAAAGAAAACAUCCAGAACCUGUAAUAUUAUGGAAAGAGUUGGACGACUUAUUAAUUUAGAUUUAUAGAAUAUAAUUGAUAUCAGUAUAAUAAUAGAAUUUGAUUAUUUGUGAAUCACUGUGAUAAUUUUAAAGACUUUUUAGAUAUAAAUGUUUUAUUGUUUGGAUUGCUUAAGCCUUUGUUAUGCUUUUGUUAAGACUGUUUUGUAGUUUCAUUUCGAGGGUCAUCAAUUUGUAAUUAAUUAAGUUUAAAAUAAGUACUGCCAUACAUUAAGGGUAAAGAUAAUGAACACACUGCCUUAAGUUUGGGGUAGGUUUUGGAUGUCAUGUUAUAUUUUUUAUAUAUAUUCAUUAGUGUGGUAAUCUACAAUAACUCACAAAACUUAAUGCAGUAAUAUUUUCAUAUUAUUAUCCAUGCUGCUGAUUGAAGAAUAAUAAGUGGAAAUGCCUAAAGUAAAGGAAUCAUUCAUUUUAAAAAUAGCCAAAAAUCAGGUGAAAGUUUAUAGAUGACAAAGAUCAACAAAUCAAAUGUCUAUCUAUUGAUGUUCUUUAAUGGCGUCCCCUCUUAUAAUCUUUUGACAUAACAGAUUAAAAGGAUUUUUUCGCUCCAAAAUAAAGUCAGUCUUAAUAAAGUCCUAGAAUAUUAGAUAAGUGUUUUCAGUAAAACCCUUUGGGAAACAAGUUGUUGCCAAUAAGGGUCUAGAAAAUUAAAAGUUUUAAACAUAGCACAUUCUCGUUUUACCUGUUUUGAAAUAAACUGAUUAUUCAAGAAAUUGGCAUAGAGUAAAGUAUACAGAUGUGUCAUUUUGUUAAUCAUCAAUAAACAUUGCAUAAUGAAUCAGAUUUACUUGAACUAUUUUUUCGAGAAUCCUAUGAAAAUUGUAGAAUCUAUUGAUAAAAGCUACGUUUUAGGUUUGUCAAAUAUCAUUGUUGUCACUCCAGGUAUAUAAAUCUUGAUUCAUUGAUUGAUUGAUGAUUGCCUUAUGUCCUGACAGUGCAAAUGUGAUACAUUUAGAUGAGAGUCCAUACUAAUAUUUAUGUAAAUGAGAUGACAUUAGUUUUAAAUGAAGAAUAUGUAAUUCUUUAUACAAUGUAUGUGAAAAUAUGUCAAGAUUUUUUUAUUUGUUCUCUCAAAAUUUGUAUGCGUUCUUAUCAUACCUGCCAACUUUUCAAAAUCUCCAAAGGUAAUUUUAAGCGCAAGAGGACCUAAUGCUCCUCUUAUAUUGUAUAAGAUUUUUAAACUUCUACUAUAUUGUUUGAAUGAGUAUGAAUGUGCUUCAACCCUUUUAACUCAUUUGAAUGCCUGUUUUGAGUUGUUCAGUUUAUAUAAUAAAGAAUUUCAAAAUUCAGGUAAACACCUCUCAUUGGGGAUAUCCCCAUAAAUUGGGAUAGUUGGGAGGUCUAUUAUAUAGACAAUUUAUUAAUUUUUAUGAUUUAAAAUUUCAUUUAAGUUUUACUGUUUACUGUUAUUAUUUAAGAAUUAAUUUGAUUUUGAAAACACAUUUUAUUUUAAACUGCUGUAAAAUAUGUACCUUUGGUGCACACAUAUUAGUUACUGAGUACUGUUUUGAGUAUAUUACCUCUAAAACAGGUUUUGCAUGAAUCUUUGAUGAAUCUGACUGGGUGUAUAAGCUGAAUAACACAUUAUAUUAUUAUUUUGUAUAUUCUUAUUAAUUUGAUUCUUUCAGAAUGAGUCACAUGUUCAACUGUAUUUUCAAAGGUAGACUGAAAACAGCAGAUUGAAAAGUGAUAUUGCACAGUUAUUUAAAAAAAAACUAAAAAUAGAAAUCUAGAAACCUCAACACUUUGUGACGCAAUCAUAACAGCCAAUAAAAUAAUUUUUUUGCUCUAUUUCUCUCAUGGACAGUAAUAGUAAAAAAACAAUGGUUGCCUUGUAUGAGGUCGAUACAAUGAUAUAUCCAUCUAAAGAAGUAUAUUGACCUCUGACUUCAUCCUCAGUCGAUAUGCUUCUUUCAGGUCGAUAUAUUCUUGUAUUGACUUCAUACAAAGGCUUUAAUUGUAUUGUAUGUAAUCCUUUGACAAUCAAGUUCAGAGAUAAAGAUUCUUUAUAAGCAGAAUUUUGUUUUAUUUUGUUAAUGAUUAUUAUAUGUUUAUAUUGAAAUAAAAUAUACGAAAAAUGCA